GGGUAAGAAUGAACCCAAGUGUGAAGCUCAUUAAUAUGUUUAUCUUAAGACCAUCUCCUUUCAAUGCUCUCGUGAUAAGGUAAUACCAGACCUGAAAUUAACAGGACUGUACUUCAUAGAUCCUCCAGGGAGAGAGAUACAAGAAUUAUUGUUUCUGAUCCCUCUUGCGGCUCCUUCUCCCAAAAGCAUGAAGCCCCAGCACUUGGUGGUGGCACUGCUGGUGAGCCUGGCCCAGCUGGUACUGCCUGGUCCUGAACCCCUCACUGGGCCAAGGUGCACCUAUACCUUCAUCUUGCCCCAGCAGAAGUUCACGGGGGCUGUGUGCUGGAGCAGCGUGCGACCUCCCCCAGAGCCCCUGCGCCUCAAUCACAGUGAGGUGGAAGAGCUCCGCCACCAGCUGGGCCAGCAACAGGCCCAAAUGGAUGAACUGCGGCGAAUGGUGGAGGUGGAUGGGGCAGUGGUGAGCGAGGUCAAGGCGCUGCGCAAGGAGAGCCGCAAUGUCAAUGCCCGCGUCACCCAGCUCUAUACUCAGUUGCUUCAUGAGAUCCUCCAGCGACGAGAGCGGCCAGUACAGACCUCCCAGCUGGAAGGGCGGGUGGCCAACGCCUCUGCCGAGGCCUUGCGUGUAGCUGCCAACUAUCGCCAAUUGGAGGGCAAGUACCUCGCCCUAGCUGCCCUGGUCAACAACCAGAGUGCCCUCAUCAGCCGGCUGGAGAGGGAGUGCCAACAAGGAGCAAACGGCAGGAUGCAUCCACAGCCGCCCCUGGUGCCGGUGGUGCCGCACAACCCCGCAAGCAUCGCCAACGAGACCAGGGGCCACUUCGAUGCGGUCAACGACAUCCAGCGAGACCAGACCGCGCCUGCGCAGCACUGGCCCCACAAGGCUUCAGCUGCCCCGGAAGGCUCCGCCCCGCCCCCUGCCGUUGCGCCCACCAAGUCCACAGGGCCUUGGCAUGACUGUCAAGCAGCUCAACAGGAUGGGCAGCCCACUGGCAUCACCAUGCUGCAACCAACUGGUGCCUGGGGCAUCUUCCAGGUUUGGUGUGACCAGGAGUAUGAUGGGGGCGGUUGGACUGUCAUCCAGCGGCGACAGGAUGGGUCGGUCAAUUUCUUUAUCACCUGGCAGCACUACAAGAAUGGCUUUGGGAACUUGGAAGGUGAGCACUGGCUCGGGCUGGAGUCCAUCCACUGGUUGACACGCCAGGGUUCAUAUGUGCUGCGGGUGUGGAUGGAAGACUGGAGUGGCAGACAGGUUCAUGCUGAAUACGACACCUUUGCCCUGGAACCCGAGAGUGAUUUCUAUCGACUGAGGCUGGGGCGAUAUCAAGGCAAUGCAGGUGACUCGCUCUCCUGGCACAACGGCCGACAGUUCAGCACGCUCGAUCGGGAUCAUGAUGCUUACUCAGGGAAUUGUGCCCACUACCAGAAAGGCGGUUGGUGGUACAACAUGUGUGCUCAUUCAAACCUCAAUGGUGUCUGGUACAAGGGAGGGCACUACCGGAACCGCUAUCAAGAUGGUGUCUACUGGGCUGAGUUUCACGGUGGUGCCUACUCACUCCGUAAAGUGGCAAUGAUGAUCCGGUCCACAAAAAGUACCUAAUUUCUACUCGUGGGGACAAGGCAAAUUUCAGACUUCUGCUCCUCAUUAGAACCAAGUCAUAGCUUGUCCAAAUUUUGAAAAUGGUGGUUUUUUCAAACCAUGAUUUGUUAUCAAACCAGAAUAAUGAUUUGUUCUUGAAUCCAGCCAUGCUCAUGCACAUACAUUAUGAAGGGAAGACCCCUGAUGAGACUGAAACAGAGACACCAUCUGGACUGAGACGUCUUAAUACAGGCAGCAAGGCUGCAGCAUUUCAAGCAUAUCAGCCAAAGCAUUGUCAGCACUACUCUGGCACUGCACAGGAGGGGUGUUCACUUCUUGAGAAGAACAGGGCUCGAGCCCACCAAGUUCUGGGAGCAACCCUGAUGCUGAAAUGGUACAGCUGAAAUAUUUGGACCCAGGAGUGUGUAUACUUUACAAACACACUGUUGUAGAUAAGAAAUCUAAUCUGAACUGACUUGAGAAAAAAAAACUUUCUACCCUACAUUUCACAAAUGGAAAUCCAAGGCACAGCUGAACAAAACAGGCCCUUCUUUCAACAUUGGUUUUAGACACCCUGAUAUAACCAUGCAAUGAAAUGUGGGCUGUUUUGUGCAAUCCAGCAGUUUUUGCCUUCUUUGUAAAUAAGUGUUGCACCAACUGCCGCAUGUUUAAGGUUAAUUAUUGAAGGGAUGUUUCUGAUAACAGGUAUAUAUUUUGCAAUAUCUCUGUAGUGGCUGAGGCAAUUCAUGUUCUGUAGCCUCUACUUUCCAAAUAGCAAUUCUGCACGAAAGAAAGUAAAAUCCUGAAACUAAAAUAUACCAAUCCCAUAAAUGAAGACAAUUGUAUUUGUUUUGCUUUUGUUCACAUAUUGUUCAUGUUCUUUUGUCCCACGUUCUCUGACAAGGAAAUCUUACAUGCUGUUCUCAAAAUACAGUAUGCAAAUCUGCAAUUAA